CUAUCUGUGCAGACCCAGCCAUUCGCUGGUGGGUCGGGCCUUGCUUGUGGCCACAUUUCCAGGGCAGGCACGUGUGCUGGACAGACAAAGAUGGUUCGCGGGGACGGGCGCAUAACGUACACCAGGCGCCAUGCCUACCACACCAAGUCUAACAAGGCAAAGGCCGUGAAGACGCCCGGGGGCAAGCUUGUGGCUCACUACCUCAAGAAGUCCGCCAAGGGCCCCAUCUGUGCCGACGCCGGCUGCAACAUCUCUCUCCCCGGGAUCAAGCACUUGCGCCCUAAGGAGUACAAGAACCUCAAGAAGCGCCAAAAGACCGUGUCUCGCGCGUACGGAGGGUCGCUCUGCGCGCCUUGCGUGCGGCAGCGGGUCGUGCGCGCUUUCUUGAUCGAGGAGCAAAAGAUCGUGAAGAAGGUGCUUCUUGAGAAGCAGAAGAAGAAGAAGGCGUAGAUAUUUUCUUGGUCUGGCCGAUCUUCACUUCGUACUUUUCUCGGAAGAAGCGUGACUCGGCCUUGUUGAUACUCCGUCGCUGUACCUAUUGCUAGCGAACCUGCGGUUGCUUGCGGUGGAACGGGUCGUAGAAAACCAAGGUGCAGGAUUGGGCGACGCCAACUUGUGACGCUGUCCGGUCGGUAGGCUAGCUCUCGAGAGUCUGCCUUACGCCGUGUGUGCCUCGAAUGGAAAUUAAAAAAUCAUAAACGUCGGAGGAUUCGGCGGGAUGACGUGCUUUGUUCCCGUUCCCAUUUUUUCGGCGUGCUUGGUCUGUUCGUGAAUGCUAUACGCGAUGCUUUCACGUGUCGUUGGGAACGGUCUGCAGCAUGCAGCGUUCGGUAUUGCCUGAGUCCGGCCGCUAUCCGCGUUGUCCAGUAUGAAACAUGUGCCGUAAAGUGCGCGUGUGUGAUCUGACCCCUCACGACGUAUUUCGUGUUUGAUGCGGAAUUGGUGGUACAAACCUUUCGCGGGGAAGAACGAGCUCCCACAUUGCACUCGGAUGCGCUCGUCCUGUGAAGCUACUUGCUCUGUGCACGGAUGGCACGUAGACAAACUCAAAGAUAUGAACUUGCCUCGCGGAGCCAGCAAGCAGCCCCAUCUCUACCUACGUGUGUGUACCGCCUCUUGAAAGAAGUUUAAUAAUAGCGGGCCGGGGAGACAGCGACU